AUGAUGGGAAGAUGCUCCUCCAGGAGACCAAUGCUUGUGCAUCAUAUCAUGUUCAUUGCCAUGAAUGCCUGCUUCCGCCUCAACGACCAAACGAGCUUGAGACCCUGGUCUUGGAACGGGUUGGCGGCACAUGAUCGAAUGACAUCCCUAUCGCGAAUAUCUGUUGACGGUGACGGACAAGCAGGAGCGGUCUUGCGGCUCUGGACCGUGCAAAUUCCAAGUUCUCCCGAGGCUAUAGUGUUACUGGUGUUGGUGAUUUGCAAGCGGGCGGCGCUACAGCAACCUGGACUGCAUCUUCGCUUCCUUCAUGCGCCGCUUGAACUCCAGACUCCCCAAGUUAAUCUCCUACGACAUCGGCAAAAUGCACAUCAAAGGUCACUUGAUCCAGUGCCAAAUCCUGUUUUCUCUACUUUACAUUCUCGGUUCGGGCAAGCACACGCGUCUGUGGACCUGGCGCUCGAUGGGAUCAACUCGACGACUUGGAACUGGAUGAAGACCCUUGGACCGGCGCUGUUAUUACUGGACAUGGCAGCGGAAGAGUGGGCGAAGCAAGAACAAGACAUUGACUUUAGGCGACAACCGUGCCCAAUCUCUCUGACGCAAAGUCUGAGGGUUGUUGGGAAACGCCGUAUGCAAAAUGUUCAGACAGAAUUGGAUAAAGCGGGAGCAGUCCCCAUUCGUGAUGUUUCCCUGACCAAGUUCAUUACAGCGUUGCUGGACGCUGAAACUGACCAGCGGCGUAUUCGUGGAUUGGUGGAUUUGAGGAAGACAGUAGCAACAUCAGGGAGAGUCAGUUUUUCGGCGACUGCGUCGAAAGCUUUCCUCCAGGCAUUGGAUGCUCAAAGAAUGUUGCAAGAGACACUGGCCGGACGCGUACCUCUCUUCUCACCUUCCGCAAUCCCACGAUUGGAUCGCGGCAAUGGUGGUUGCCGCGAGGGUUUGGUGGAGAUCAAGCACGCCUUACGAGAUGCUCAAUGUUGUUCUGCUUUGACCCGUCUGCAACUGCAAGUGCAUGUCAAGUCUCGACUGCUCAUCUACACACGGCAGCACUCGCACACUCAUUCGCGGACACUACACCACCAUCCGAGUCAAAACGUUAACCAUAUACCUUGGUUACCCUCUAGUGCCGAGUCGGAUACUAUACUGAUGCACACACCUUUUCCAUUCAUCGUUGCUCGUUUCCGUCCGAGUCCCCGUAUCAUCCACCAGAUUACCGACAUGGCCGCUGCAAAGACCGCCAAACGACCCAAUUCGAUGGCUCAAGCACCAACUCGCCUGAAGGAACAUGAAGCCUCUGAGUCCACCAUGGAAUCCAUCAGAGUACCACCGCACCCACCUUCGAGAUCUGACACCAGUUUCGACGAAAUACCUCGCUUAAAUACUGGUCUUCAGGACAAUCCCAUGGACUGGGAAGACGAUGAAGAAGAUUCCACUCUAUUCGUGCCAAGAUGGAGCCAUUACAUCCAAUACAGAGUCCCCCCUCCGAUCACGGACUCAGAUCCUCAAGGAAAGUGGCAAAAAUUUACCUGGGACGAAGAGCAAAAAGAAGAAGGAUUCCAAAUGUAUUUAGGCCAAAAGCAACCCAUCCCGACAAAUCGCAUAGUCUAUGACCGAGCUCAUAAACGCUGUAUUGGCUUGCCUUCCGACUUGAAAUACCCCAACAAGCUUAAGAACGGACAAAAAUGGAAGAAGCUACCAGGAUCGGAAUGGGCCUACCUCUCAGGUACUGUGAAGGCGGAGCACCGUCAUCUUAUCGGCCGGGUCGUCUCAAUCCCUAACACCACCGUAAUCGAUCCGGAAGUGACCGAAAAUGAAAUUCAUACGCAGAGGAUGAGGAUGGACGAGGGCGUCGUCCGGGAUAAAGGCGAAGGACAAGGCAAGACGAUAGAAGGAGAUGCAGACAAAGCAAAAGCGGCUCACUCUCUGGAUUGCUGGAAUGUAAGUUCAGCGGUGGAGACAGAUGACCAUCCUGCGGUACUCGAGUUAGCCAUAUUGUUGAUCAUCGUCACUCACUCAGUCUAG